AUGGGCGCAACCCCAUUUCAUCAUUCCAUCCUCGAAGUCCGGCUGCCAAAGCACUUUGACAAGCCAAUGGACAUGAGGUACGACGGAACCCAAAACCCACAGGAGCACCUUACGACCUUCGAGGCCAGGAUGAACUUGGAGGGAGUGGGAGACGAGGUGAAGUGCCACGCUUUCCCGGUCACCCUCGCGGAACCUGCAAUACGGUGGUUUAACAGCCUCCCACAGGGCUCGGUGGCCAGGUUUUCGGAUAUAAGCCACGCCUUCUUAGCCCAAUUUACUACCAGAAUCGCAAAGGCAAAGCACCCGAUCAAUCUGCUCGGGGUGACGCAGAGGUCCGGCGAACCGAUCAGGAAAUAUCUAGACCGGUUCAAGGACGAGUGCUUGGAGAUCGACGGGCUGACUGAUUCGUCAGGGAAUACAUUAAUGAUGAAGAAGUCAGCCAGGUCGUGGCUGCCAACAAACGGUAGCCCUCCUACAAUCAAACUUGGCAGCACGGAAACAGAGACAGACAGAAGGAACAUGCCAGAGACGGCGGUCCGAGCAAAACACCCAGGCCGUUUCCUCGAGUCGGGAAGUUCACCAAUUACACCCCCUCACCGUCCCAUCAUAGAAGUUUAUCAACAGAUAGCAGUGAAGGGAAUUUUGUCGAAGCCCCGACCUCUAAAGGACCGGACCAGGGGAAAUAAGAGCCUCUAUUGUGAUUAUCCCAAAGGCUAUGGACACAAGACACAGGAUUGCUUCGACUUGAAGGACACGUUGGAACAAGCAAUCCGGGACGGGAAACUGGCUGAAUUCUCCCAUCUCAUCAGGGAGCCCAGAAGACGAGAUCGUGACCGAGAGGCAGAGGACAAGACUUGCGCCGUAAAGCGACGUCACGACCAGGGUGACAUCGAACAAGGUCUCACCAUAGUGAACGUCGUGACGGCGAGAGACGCACCCCCAAGGUCGAAGUCGGCACACAAGAAAGGCGAUUACUUCAUCAUCUGCACAAAACCCCAAGAGGUCAAGGUCGCCAUCCAGCUCAUUCGGCCCAGAGGACCAGUGUUUUGA